CUCGCUUUUUCAUAUAUACUCUAUGCAACUGGGAGUAACCUGAUCUGACAUCUGGCAGUGACAGGGAGACAUAACCUGAAACUCUAGUAAUUUGUUUGAAUGUUUUCAAUUAUUACUUUUGUGCAAUUUAAUUUAUGUUACUAAGUUAAUUAAAUAACAACAAGUAACCAUUUGUUGAUACAUGUUAUUUUUAAAUUAACCACCAUCAAUUUUAUCAACCAGCAAAAUAAAAACCUUUUUCUUUCAAUUAAGCAGUUGAAAUCAAUAUGUUGAUUCGUGGAAACAAAUGUUUAUUAAAUAGGUACAUCUUUGUAAAAAAGAUCCAAAAGCGAUCAUUUUUAUCAAAAGAAUAUAAAUGUGAACCAGCUUGGAAUGCCCAAAAGGCUUCCCCUAUAUUAAAUAAUGUCAAUCUGAAUGAUUUUUACACUACUUUGAGUCAAAGUUAUGCUGCGAAAGGUGUUAUUAGUGCAAUAGAUGUAGAUAUAUUUGCGAAUUCUAUAAAAGAGCCCACAUAUCUUGAUGAACUUAAAGAGCUUUUGCACAAACUGAGAUUGUCUGCUGAAACUGGAAACACACUGCAAUCAACACAUCAUGCCACAGUUAGAAGUUAUAUUGAUUUUGGGAAUGAACAAGAAUUAAUUGACAUUCUUAAGGAUCCCUUAAACUAUGGUGUAUUUCUUGAUGACUUUGCUGCUAAUAUUUUAUUGGACAAACUCAUAACAUCAAAUAAAUAUGAAUUAGCUGCAGAAGUUGCAGCACUUAUUAUGCUUCAGGAAGAUUUUACUAAUGAAAUAACAUGCACAUUAAGUCAAUAUGCAUGUUAUAAAUAUAUAGUAAAUUAUAAGGAUUCACCUCCAGAGCCUCCCAAAGCAGAAGAAAAAAAGAAAAUAGAAGAAAAGAAAAUAAGAAUCAAAUUUCUUAGAAACUACUACCAUGAUGACCAUUUUGAUAUUAAAGAUUUAAUGUUAUUGUCCGGUAAAACUUUGGCCUGGAUCUCUAGACACAAUAAAAAUAAUGUCAGUAAUAAUCUACAAAUAAUAGGAUGGAUGUAUUACAAAAAGUAUGACUCCCUUUUAACUUUGUGUGAAAACUUUAAAAAUCUCAAGUCAUUUAAAAUAUACAGCGAAGUAAUUGAUUUGCUGCAGAAAGAAAGCAGUAAAUGUGAAGAAAAAGACUCUUUGGAAAAAUGCAUUUCAUUUUUAAGUGAAUGUCCAAAAGCUGAUGGUACUUUAGAAGAAUCUAUUAAAAAUUUAAUUGAAGAUGCCAUUAACAAAACACAGAAAAAUGAUAUUUCAUCACAACAAAAGCUGUUUGAAAUUUGGCUAUCUACAAGAGAAGAAAAACUUAAUGACCAAAUACAGAGACUAGCCAGAGCUCAAAGAAUAGUAGAAGUUGAAAAGAAACAGAAGGAAUUGGAAGUGCAAGAACAAAAGUUAUGGUUCUUUGAAAAUGAAGAGAAAAUUGACCUGGAAAUUGAAAGUAAAGAAAAGCUUCAUACAAGUACAGAAAAAAGUGACAUAGACAUAAGCGAUGAGAAUUAUAUUCCACCUGAAAUAUUACCAAAACGUAAAUAAGUUGAGUAGUCAAAGUCAAUAAAAGAAAUUUAAAAUCUAAGUCAAUAUAU